AUGCGCUGGCUCCCCAUCCUGCUGGCGCUGGUGGCGACCCACGUCGCCGCCGAGCAGGAUCAAGCUGUCUUCAACAAUGACCAAACGGCCCAUCCCAUCGAUACCGCCGAGGUGCGGCCCAAGCGUGUUGCCAUCAUCGGUGCUGGAGCCUCAGGCGCUGCCGCCGCCAUGUUCAUCAACCGUGCAGCGCGCGAGGCCGAACUGCAGCGGGGUAUGAAGAAAGGAGAGCUUCUGGGCGACCUCGUCGUGUAUGAGAAGAACGACUAUGUCGGCGGGCUGGUGUAUCCGCAUGGGGACAAGAAGCUGCCCCACGUCGAGCUCGGCGCGAGCAUCUUCGUCUCCGCCAACCAGAAUCUCGUUGCAGCCGCUAAGCGCUACAACCUGACCAUGGCGAACCCCGGCUUCGCCGAGGACGGUACCGGAAUCUGGGACGGGUCCGUGUUCCUGUUCCAGACGUCUGCGGAGAAGUCGCGCACCGCAGGGUGGUGGGACACGCUCGCCGCAUUGCGACGCUACGGGCCCCUGUCGCCAUGGUACCAGAAGCGCAGCGUGGACAGGCUCAAGAGCAAGUUCGCCAAUCUGUACGAUGCGAACUGGGUUGCAGCGCGUGGCAUUGUCAACUCUGUUUCCGAGUUUGCCGACUCUGCAGGACUUGGCAUGAGCUACACCUCGCGCAGUGGCGAGGAUUGGGCGCUCAACGAGGUCGGCGUCAAUGUCCGCUGGAUGACCGAAGUCAUGGAAGGCACUACACGAGUCAACGACAUGAUCGACAUUCACGCGCUCGGUGCCGCUGUUGGACUGGCGGCAGGUGGCGCAGCGUCCAUCGCCGAGGGCAACUACAAGCUCUUCGAGGGCAUGAUAAAGGAGAGUGGCGCCGAGCUGCGUCUCAACACAGUCGUCGAGGAGAUCAAGCUGGACGCCCGCCGGGGUCUCACGGUCACCACGAACAGCAGCGAGGACGCGUACGACCAGGUUUUCUUCGCUGCGCCCUGGCACUUGUCACCCGUCAGCAAGGACUUGGAAGCUCAUUUCGACGUCCCCAUUCCACGCCAGGACUAUGUCAACCUACAUGUCACGCUUCUGACGACGACGGAGCGCACCCCCUCACCAGCUUACUUCGGUCUGCCCGAGGACGCGUCUGUGCCGACUACGAUUCUGACUUCCAACUACUACCACCGCACCGGCCGUACACCGGCUCCGAGGUUCAACUCGCUUUCAUACCACAGCGAAACGUACCCAGGCUCGGGAGAGUGGGUUGUCAAGCUGUUCUCGCGCGAGAAGAUCUCGAACAAGGACCUCGAAGACAUCUUUGGUUCGGCUCCAACGUGGGUCUACCGCAAGCUCUGGCAGAGCUACCCCGAGCUCCGCCCUGGCCCCAACUACGCCCCUGUUUCGCCCGUCAAGGGGCUCGAGUACCUCGCCGCCCAAGAGGCUUGGGUUUCAACUCGCCUGCCCCAGUGCUCCAAGACGCUCCUGCAUUACUUCUCUCCGCCGAACCUACCUCUGUGGCCCACUAUCGAGUACAUCCUGUCUGCGCCUUCCCUCCACUUGCAGCCAUCGAACGCGGACCGUACAAUCUGGUUCCUGCGACGAGCUUACCUCCACACCGAGGACUUUGUUGAGGCUUUCGUGGCAGCUAUGUACUUGGAGCCAGGAGCGCCAUACGAGGAGGAGCUGCUGUCUGACCCGUUCUUCGACCCCGCGCACUUCUUCCUCGCCGAGGACGCCACGCUGCCCGACAAGCUCGUUCACUUCAUCUAUCACACAUAUCCGACUGAUAGCUACCUGCUGGCAGAAGCAGCGGUGAGGGACUUGACUGCAGGCCGCGUCCGGCGAGCCGAGCAGCUCUUCUCUGUCGGCGCUGUUCCCACGCUCGCACCGAACGACGUCUUCCACGCCGCCACAUGCGCGGAGCUCAAGGGUGUUUCAGGCGUCUCGAAAACCUAUCCUUCCGAGCGGCUGCUGGCCUGGAAGAAUAGAGAUGUCGAGCGCACUGUGUGCAGCUGCGGAUUUGAUGCUGGGGCGGAGGCCGCGAACGUGUUGGCGCACAGCGUAUUGGCCAUGGCAAGUGAAAACGUGAAGCCAGCGCAAGCCGUGAAGCUGCUCCAGGGCAAGAUCCACGAUCUGAGCACCAACAGGUGGGAACGGGUGAACGGCAAUGCUUCAGUCGACCAUCCCCGCCACAUCCUUGAGAUCGACGACGAGAUCGAGUACGCCAUGGACAAGGUGGCCUUUGGGUCGUGCAGAUUCAUGAAGUACUGGAUGAUGCCGUUCAAUGGCACGAUUGGAAAGUAUGCGCACCCUCUUUCUGAGCUCAUGGAGGACUUCGAGCGCUGCGAUAGGGAUUGCCAGCACGGAGUCUCCAUGACGCGUGAGUUCCUGGUCGCUUACGUUCUCGACUUGAAGAACCGCUUGUUGUGA